GUAUUUUUAACAUUAUAAUGUGGCUUUCAUUAUAGUGUCAUAUUUGGUUUUGUUGUUUUUAUUGGUUCUACAGAUGACUGUCUAGUCCAGCUGUACGUAUUUACAGGUCAAACAUGGCCUGAAAAAAAAAAAAAAAAAAAAACACGGUUUGGGUGUCGGUUAAAUGUUGGUGAAGUCUUGCAAUAACUAACAUCCUCCUGAAACAUUUCCUCUUGUACGUCAGUUGAUGUUAGUCAUGUACUGUGCUCAUUCACACUGAAACAUGCUCAUCUUUAUGCUUUUUUAAAUGUUUUGCUUGCAUCAUAUGAGGUCACGUUCCUGUAGGAAAUGACUUGAGUUGUCGCUGCAGUCAGCAGUUACUUGGGAAAAAUCAAGUUUCAUAUCAGAACAAAUUAGACAAAAGAUGAAGAGCCACUUCAAUGAUAGUGCCCUCACCGGCCUGGGCUUCCCAGCCGUUGUGGGAAAUACUUGCGGAAUCGACUUCAGUCAAGACGCCAUUUUCCUUCCCGUCCUGUACGGGAUCUUCUUCAUCAUCGGCACCCCUUUAAACCUGCUGGCACUCUUUGGGCUCUACAGGCUCAUCCAAUCGGAGAACGUCCUACCCGUGUACGUCAUCAACCUUCUGAUCGCAGACCUAAUUCAACUCCUGACUUUUCCUUUAUGGAUGGAUUACUAUGCAAACGGACACCACUGGCGCUUCGGACCCCAGAGCUGUCAGUUCAUGGGUUUGUUUUUUUACAUUAGCAUUUACGCGGGCAUCUUCUUCAUGUGUAUCAUCGCUCUAGAGCGUCACCUGGCUAUCGCCAGACCACUCAGUUUCCAGCAUCUCCGUAACUUGAGGUUUGCUCGCUGGAUAGCACUCAGCAUUUGGAUUCUAAUUGCGGUGCCACCUGCCAUCGCGUUCGACAAGCUCUUUCCCAAGCAGGAAAAUUACACUCUUUGUAUCGAAAAGUAUCCCUCCGAGGGCAGUUUUAUCACCUACAGGCUGAUUACUCUGCUUGUGUCCUUCAUCAUACCCCUGAGCUUCAUUGUUGGUCUCCACAGAGAGACCGUCCGCUCGCUGAUGGCAAUCAACUCGCUUUUAUCCGAGGAGAAGAGGAGUAUCAGGGGUCUGCUCACCCUUCUGGUGGCCGUAUUUGUCACGGUGCUGGGGCCCUAUCAUUUUAUCGGCUGUGUGAAGUACGUCGGACUGCUGAUACACAGCAGUCCAUGCGUUUGGGAAAAGGCUGUGUUUGUGCCCUAUCAGGUAGGACGAGGCUUUCUGAGCCUUAACAGCUUGCUGGAUCCUGUGUUUUACAUCUUUCUCCGCAGAGACUUCCGUGCCGCCGCUGGGAAGUACUUGCCCUGCCUGAGGAGAGUGAGGAACAGAUCGUAUCGGACAGAGAAAGCGACAAGCUCCACUCUAGACUGUGAUUGAAGAUUUCCCCCUGGUUAUGUAUUUGAAAUACACUUUGGACGAGGAACUAAAAAAUUAUGCCAAACUCAUACAGAAGGCCAUUUAAUCAGAUCUAUGGUGGCGCCAUCAUCUAAGACUUAUGUUUUAGCAUCAUUCUUCAUUUAUAAUCAGCAGACAUUUGGUAUAUACUUUUAGUCUAGCCUUGCUAGCUCCUGACUUUAGUUUGUCUGUUAAUCAUUUCCAUGUCUGCUGGACUGGUUUUUAUUUUAUUUCCAUUUUAUUUCCAUGUCUACACUGCUGGAACUAAAUUAACGGUUUUAUUUGAUUUGAUUGUGGACAUAUUUUCAUUGUCAAAACAAAGAUUAUUCAUUUUUUAUUUCAUUUAUUUUAUUUUACUUCAAGGCCUCACUCUCUGUCCUCUUAUCUCUCAAAUAGAUUUACUGCACUUACUUCCUCUUUUGCACAUUCACACUUUGCUGAUACUGUUUCACUUGUGAAACGGAAACCACAGCUAGACAAAUAUAUAUGUACAUCCUACUUAUAACUAACCUCAAAACCAACUAUUACUUAUAUUCCCAGCACUUCUGAAUAAUUUGUUCGGAUGUCCGGGCUUGAUAUUGUUUGUAUAAAAUUGACCUGUCAUCCUGAAUAAAGUUAUUUUGUCUUAGUUUAAUGUA